AUGAGCGGCCGACCUUAUGCGCGCAAUCCGCGCGUGCCGUACGCGGGCCCUAGAGAUCUGGAGGCGAUACUACCGCACACAUUUCGUCUUGAAUCACCCAUUCGUCUGCGCGACGCAAAACAUGAAGCCAUCCGCUGUGCGAUUCGCCGCCGGUGCAUGCAAAAGAACUGGCGCAAGAUGAUCAGUAUCAGACAUCGAAGACUGGCGGAUGAGGCUGCUGCAGAGAAGGAUGCAGAGGAGAGCAAGAGUGAGGAAAAAGAACAGGGGGAGACUAAAACUCCAGAAAAACAGGAAGACGCCGUGACAGCGGCCAAGAGACAGCUGCAAGAGCUGGAGAUGAAGCUGCAGGGGCUCACGGAGCAAAAACACGCCAAGUUUCAGCUGCUCAAGGAUAUUUUAGUGGAGGAAGCGAGGUCCAAGACGUCAGGAGGAGGAAAUGCGACAACCACGAAGAAGCGACGCGUAGAGUUUAAGGACCCCAGCAUGACGCCCAGUCCGGCCAAGGUGCAGUCGCCAGUUCCGUCAACGGAGACUGCUUGA